GUUGAUUUUAUUUGUUUUUGUUUGAGAGUAGUAAGUAUAGUUUUGCUUGGACACGACAUCAAAUAAGCUUUCCUAUCCAAAACUGCUGUGGAGGUAGGUUGCUCAUAUAGAGUUUAUUGUAGUAUUCUAUGAGCUAUACGAAGCGCAGAGAAAAAAUGGGGCGCACGAUACAUAUUCAUCGAGUGCCCGCUGCCAUUGCCCUCAUCACGAUAACACUUAUUAUAGUGUAUUUUGUGAAUUUCCAUGAGGACGAACGACCCGCUGUAUAUGGCUUGCUACGCAAUCAAAAUAAGGUGAAUUUACGCAAGCUACUGAUUGGUGCCAUACAGGCAGCACAACGCGGCGGAUUGGAAGUACUGGAUGUAGCUCAAUCGCGAGAUUUAAGAGAACGUAGUAAAGGUAAAACAGACGAGGGUGCAAACGAUCCAUUUACGGAUGCGGAUGGACGUUCCCAUUGUGUCAUGAAAGAAGGGCUACAUCGUAUUUUCCCACGAGUUAAAAUAUACUCUGAGGAAGACAAAGAAAGCUGUAGUAACGUGAAUACUUUCGAUUUAGAUCCCACAGUACUGCAUGAAACGGCCAACUUGCCCAAUGAAUUGGUUGAUAUAAAAGAUGUCACAGUAUGGAUUGAUCCUCUAGAUGCAACUCAAGAAUUUACGGAAAAACUUUAUCAAUAUGUCACGACCAUGGUGUGUGUAGCAGUAAAAGGAAAGCCCAUUAUCGGAGUUAUACACAGUCCGUUUAUAGGGCAAACUGCGUGGGCUUGGGUGGAUCAUUCAAUGUCUGAAUAUUUAGCAUCUAUACAUCCUGUCAAUCCAGACACUUCAAAACCACUUAUUACGGUAUCACGUUCUCACGCAGGUAGCGUAAAAGAUUUGACACGCAAUGUUUUUGGUGAAGAGUCAGAGAUCUUAACGGCUGCCGGCGCUGGUUAUAAAGUUCUGCAAGUAAUAUCCAACAAUGCCACGGCGUAUUUGCAUUCAACGAAGAUUAAAAAAUGGGAUAUUUGCGCGGGAGAUGCUAUUUUAAAUGCGCUUGGUGGAGCUAUGACGAAUCUUAACGAUGAGCUGAUUGAUUAUGGGCCAGAAGGCUCACCAGUCAAUGAUCAGGGAUUAUUAGCUACGCUUAAAAAUCAUGAUGAGUAUAUCGAAAAAUUGAUGGAGUAUAGAAAGAGACGCAGUGUGUCUGCACACAGAUAGUUUGAAAGUUUUUGAAAUAAGGAUUUAGAAAAUAGGUAAAAAGCUCAGGCUAUUAUUCAUAGGUUAUAUAUAUUGCGUAAUAAUA